ACGAAUAUAACACAAGGUUGGACUAACAAAAACCCAAGUCGACAAUUCUAUAGUUGUCAGCGUUUAAAGCUUGGAGAUGAUUGCAAUUACUUCGCUUGGUUUGAUGAAGAGGAAGGUACAAAAUGGCAAAGAAGAGCUUUGAUUGAAGUCCGUGAUGAGAUCAAGCAGAAUACUAAACUGAUUGAACAAUUGACUCUAAGCAUCUCAGAAAUGGAAAGCAAUUUGGAGAACAAACAAAUAGUGGAUGACGAAAAUGAAGAUGAGAUUUUUAGAAAGUUUGAAGAAUUCUAG